AUGACACGCCCAGAGAUAGCCUAUGCUGUAGGACAGGUAGCUCAGCACUGCCAGAACCCGGGAAGACUACAUUGGAAAGCAGUGCAGCGAAUUCUAAGCUAUUUGGCUGGGAAACGACAGCAUGGAUUACUGUACGGGCCAAGGAACCAUCUCAAAGCCUUCUCUGACGCUGACUACGCCGGUGAUAGCGACUCUCGAAAAUCCACCACUGGUUACGUUUUUCUUCUAAACGGGGCGGCCAUCUCGUGGUCAGGUAAAAAGCAGAAGUGUACUGCCCAGUCAACUACAGAAGCCGAGUUUGUCGCGUCAAGUGAAGCCGGAAAAGAAGCAGUCUGGAUUCUGCGAGGGUUAAAAGAACUGGAAGGUGAUGUCCCAACUCCCAUGGAGCUCUUCAUGGAUAACCAGAGUGCUAUUCGGAUCAUUCGUAAUCCGGAACUACACCAGAGAACCAAGCACAUUGACGUGCGUUACCACUUCAUCCGAGAGCUACAAGAACAAGGAGUGAUUGAUGCUAAGUAUGUCAACACGAACGAACAGCUGGCGGACAUUCUGACUAAACCAUUAGCGGCUCCACGGUUCCAGCGACUACGUCAAGAGUUGGGGAUUGUGGAAACACCAAUAUAA